UGUACUUUUAAAGGGAAGUGAAGACUUGCUUGGACAGCACUUUGUUUUUCCUUUCAUGCAGACGCCAUAGUCAGCACAUACACUUUCAACAUGAACAACUCAACUGAGCUGUCUUCUUCAGAGGAAAUGGCCCCUGAGGAGUUUGACGGCGGGACAGCAGUGGCUUGUGUGAUCCUGGGCCUGUCCUUCCUGGUGGGAGCUCCGGGGAACCUGCUGGUGAUCUGGACUAUCCUGAGACACGUCAAGCAGCGUUCCCACACUGUGGUGCUCAUCCUGCACCUGGCCAUUGCAGACCUGCUGGUCCUCAUCACCCUGCCUCUUUGGAUCUACUCCCUGGUCCACUUCUGGGUGUUUGGAGAAGCCUUCUGCAAAGCCAUGGUGUUCAUGAUCAACGCUUGUAUGUACAGCAGUGUUUUCCUCAUUACCCUCAUGAGCGUGGAGCGCUUUGUGGCCGUGCGCUAUCCCUUUGCCUCAGCUGGCUGGAAGAGGAAAAAAGCUCUGAAUAAAGUUCUGCUGGCUCUGUGGACUGCAGCAUUCUUGUUCAGCGUACCUGUCAUCCCAACUCAGGUUGUAGGGACGGAUUCUGAUGAGGAGCACUGUCUGUACCGCUUCUACACUUCUAUGACCCAGGAACUGGUGUGUGUGCUGCUCGAGACACUGGUGGGCUACAUAUUACCCUUCUUCAUCCUCGUGGUCUGCUAUGGCUGCCUGUGCAGCCGGAUUACUCAGAUGACCUUCAAGUCGAAGCGCAAGUCCACGGUCCUCAUUGCCAGUGUGGUGGUUGUGUUCGCCAUUUGUUGGACGCCUCAUCACAUAGGAAACGUCCUCUCACUCGUCAUCCUGGCCACUGACGACUCCUUCCCUGACGCAGCAGAGAAUCUGGAGAGCGUCAGGAGCACCAUGACCUUCAUCGCUGGAGCCAUGGUCUUCAUCAGCAGCACUGUUAACCCCAUCCUCUACAUGUACGCCGCGCGCUCCUUCAGGAGCUCCUUGCGUGACACCGGCAUCCAGAAGCUCUUCCGCCACAUCUCCAGCACCUCCCCAGGUGAGGGCAAUAAGGAGUUGUCCUUCGUGUCCAAGAGACAGAGCAAUCAGACCAACAGUUCUCAGUGUGUGUCGGAGUCAAAAGACCAAAUGGACAUAUUAAUAAAAAUGUGUGAAAAUAAUCCAUCCUGAUAUUGAAAUUAUAUGUAAUGUCUGUGCCGUGUGUAGAUAUUCAUGUGUAUAAAGAAUUUUGUAUGAAAUUACAACACACAAAAAUGGGAAGUCAGAGCUUAUCUGUACAAUACUUGACCAACUCUGUAAAUUAUCUACAAGUUAUGUUGUUUCUUCUUAAAAUGGUGACCAUGUAUUUAUAAAUAUGACAUAUAUUAUGUACUUAGAUAAAUGCCAUAGAGUACAAUACAUAAUUUUAUGACAUGAAUGAAACGUUAUUUUAUAAUUUUGUUUGAUUAGGUAUAAUUGAUUCUGUGAAAUAUGUUGUCGUAAAUGCCUGUAAGUGUGGGAAUAGAACACAGUAUGUUUUCAUCUGAUAAUCCAGAGUCUUAUGUCUACACUUGUGCCACAGAGAAAUGUUUAAUUGACAGCUUUGGCUGUCUCUGAUACGUUCUCGUUCUGUGUUGGGAAACAUCAUCUGAUUGUGAGCUAAUAAAACUGUCAAUUUA